AUGAAGCGACUGGGAGGUUCUUCGCACGAGGAUGCCGGUGAGCAAGAGCGGGGCGCACAUCUUCAACUCGCGCGACGGCACCGCAAGAUCGUCGCCGGCAGCUUCAAAGGCCGCAAAGCGCUGGAGCCUGAGUUCGCCACCCCCGGCGUCGUCGGCAAGCUCACGUUGAGCUUCACGACGUCGGGGCCAUUGGCAAAAUAUUCGCGAGCUACUUGUCUAUUACCUGACCAUGGAUGGACGCUGCCCUCUGCGCAACCGAAUGUGGUGUUGCAACUGCCGUCUCCGAAUGAAAAUGCAACAACUGCAGCUUUGCCACAGGUGAAAAUGACGUGGAAUUCGACCACACGCACUAUGGAAUUUACACUAUUGAACGAGACGGUGAUACCUGGUGAUACUCCGUUGAUACUGGUAGUGUCUGGGGUUGGCACACCCGAGACAGCGACGCCACAGGGCGAAGCCAUCGUCACGACAUUCGAGAAAUUGGCGGUGAGAAGUACUGUACCGACAUCCACACGCGGAGGGCAAAUUGUUGAUGGCCCUGCUGUAUUUACGAUACCAAAGAUCGUACCUGGAUACAUUAGUGGGAAAAAGCGCUGGAGUCCGUUUAAUUGCCGUCCUGGAGCGGUGUCGGACGUGACACUGGCGUUUAUAGUCAAUGGAAAAGUUCCGUCUGGAGGGAAAUUGCUAAUUGAGUUGCCCCCUGACGGAUGGGAAAUGGAGGAGCAGCCGAGACUUUUGCUCCGAACACCAGUGUAUCAUAACAAACCACUUAUCUCUGCGUGGGACUGCAACCAACACACGCUGGAGAUUUAUUUAGGAGCUGAUGGGACGUCAAUCGAUACGAAAACGAGUGUGAUCCUCACAGUUGCAAACGUGAAGAACCCAAACAAGGAGACGAUGUUCUUAGCUGCAUCUAGCGAUGCUUUAACUGUAGGUGCCCGUCUUACCACUUUGUCAGCAAGUGGCGGCGUUAUUGACGGCCCGAGCAGAGUAGAAGUGACGCGUAUUAGUGAGCUCCGAGAACGGGACUUUGAGGUGCUCACGAAGGUACUUGACGCUGAUGUAGCAGAGAAUCCUCCCACUGAAGACGGUAUUGUCAUUGAUAGAGUCCCAGAAUUGCUACGACGAGCAGGACUAGCUCUCUCCGAUGAGUUGUAUCAAAGCAUUGUUGUGCCUUGUUUUCCUGUGCGCGAUACGGUUCCUAUAGCCGAUCCAGAAGCUGAAAAACUACUAAACGUGUUCGCUUUAGUGUAUGCACCAGCGUAUAAAUAUGGUCAAGAACUGCGUCUAGCAUGUGGUCGAGGACAUCUCGAUCUUGUCAGAGAAUGGAUUAGUCGAGGUUGUAAUCCGAAUGCCGGAGACGCAACAGGUUGGUCAGCGCUCCACUACGCCGCUGACUACGGCCAGCUUGACGUACUUAACCUUCUCGUUGAAAUGAACACUUCACAACCGGAGAACGGUGGUAAUGGUUCGAGUACAUUAAAGACACUUGAGAUAGACUCACGUGACGGACAUGGCUGGACGCCGCUGAUGUGUGCAUCAGCUAAUGGUCACAUCGAGGUCAUCCAGAGGCUUCUGGAGCUUGGUGCGAGUGUCUCGCUGACUAGUGCCGAACAUCGGUCCGCACUGCAUUGGGCAGCGAGUCGAGGCAUGGCUACAGCGGUAUCGGUGCUCAUCGCUGCCGGCACAGACGUGAACCAAGUGGAUCGCUGCGGCUGGACGCCUCUGCACUGCGCAAUGCUGCACGGCAACUCCAACUGCGCAGCCGUCCUCGCCGAGAAAGGUGCCAAUCCAGCGGCAAAGGACAAGCUGGACUACGUAGCCCAGUACUACGGCGACGCCGCCUUCCUCUCUUCUGGCAAACCACUUCAACUUGUGUAG